GUGAAGAGGCUUUGAUCUCGUUGCCAUGGCAGCUGUCAGAAGCGCAGCGCAAACCGCAGCCUGCCUGGCGCGAGACUUUGUCCAACUCUAGUUAGAAAUGCUUAGCUUAACUAAUGAGUUCUAAUCAAGACUUACUGCUUGGAUGCCUUACUUCGCUUCGUUUAACCAUUUUAAUUUCGAAAGCGGCGGCUUGCAAUUAUGCUUUCCCUCUAAUAUUCAAAUAUAGCACUUUCUAAACUAGCGCGUGGAAUCACUAAGGAUGUCGCAGAGUUCAUAUGGGCAAAUGUGGGAUGCUGCUCAGGGAGCUUUGGAGGACCUUUUGGAGGAUGAAUAUCCCACAAUGCAGCUCCAUCCUCAAAAGGACCGUCUUCAGGUCUUUCAGACGCUGGCAACUUUCUACCUGCGCUACCUGAAGAUAUUCCGUGCCCUGGAGGAGGUUUAUGAUCAGAUUGUUCACCCCCAAAAGCGGCGUGUUGUGCACCAGGUUCUUGAGGGGGUGAUGGGACGACUUGUAGAGCUGAAGAAUGAGAUGGUGGAGCUGGAGUACUCAGAGUUUCACUACUUUGAUGACAUAUUGCAGGAUUUCAAAAUGACACCUGAGGAUCUUGAGGUACCUAUUCCACGCUAUUUUGUGAGGGAGAAGAUGAGGGCACUAAAAGAGAGAGAAAAGAUGUUGGCCCAUAUUUUGGCGAAAGGAGGACGUCAGGAUACUAAAACUGGGCCAGUUCAGUCCAUGUCUGUGGAGCGGGCUGUGUGGCUGCUGCAGGUCAGUGAGCGAGCUCGGCAGGGAAGACUGAGAGCUCACUUCAUGAAGACAAUUCGGCAGGAGGAACAAAGAAGACUUCAGGGUAACUCUAGCAUGCUGGACGCUAACCAGGCAGCCACCUGCAUUCAGAAGGUUUGGCGGGGGUAUCGGGACAGGAGAAGGGUCAACAAGGAGUGUCUAGAGGAGAUGAUAUUUUUGGGAAUGAUACCAGCCCAGCAAACAACACCCAGCCCUGCCCAACUGCAUGCCCAGCAGGUGGAAAGCAGGAGGCAUUGUGUGCAGGAGGAGCAUGAGGCUGAGUACGAGAGGGCACUGGUCAACAUCAAAGAGUCGGUGCGGUCUGUCGAUGGGCCAGAUAUUAAAGAGAGCCUGCAAGAACAAAUACGCCAGUGGUUUCUUGAGUGUCGAGAUGCCACGGGGAAAUUCCCUGACUUCCCAAGUCCUGAGGAUGGAGGAUCUGCAUCUAUAUUUGCUCAGAAGACACCAGAACAGGUUGCUGCUGAAUUCGCUGCUAAAGAAGAAGAGAGGGAGAAGAAGAAAAAAUCGAAGGGAGAGAAAGACAAAAAAGGGAAUGACCGCAAAGAGAAGAAGAAAGAGAAGAAAGGGAAGAUGAAAGGAAAAAAGGGGAAAGGAGAUACAGAGGAAGAAGAGAAGGGAUGGAAGAUGACUCCCAGUAACUUCCUUCCUACAGUAGUCGAGGGAGCCAAACUGUACAAAGAGGUUUGGCAUAACCGAGAUGAAAAACAGAACUUCCUUCAAUGUUUUGAUGCUCAAUUGGUGUGUGAGGAGAAGAGAUUGGAAGUUGAAGAGGAGCUCAGAGUUCAGGUGGAUGAACUGAUGAGGCAGGAACUGAAAAACCUUAAGCUGGUGGUGGACCGAGACAAGGGAAAGAAAAAGAAAAAAGUCAAGAAAAGUAGUAAAAAGAAAAAAAAGAAGGGGCGGAAGACUGGAAAGAAGAAGAAGAAGAAAGAGAAGGAUCUCACAGCUGACAGGACCAUAGAAUCACUGUAUGAGGAGCUUGUAAUGGAAGGCUUCAUAAUCAGGCCAAAGAACAUCAAGUUGACAGAUUACAUUGGCGAAUACAGUUACCUGGGCACAACAUUGCGGCAAGCAGAUAUUGAGCCCAUGCCAUCUCUCUCUGAUGUCAGACAGCUCAUCGCACUGUAUGGCAUCCUGCCUCUGGGUGAGUGCGCCAUGAAACUGAUGAUUGUUUGUGUUGUUGUACCGUUUGGCCUGCAUUGGAGGAACAUUGUCGUGUUUUGGCAGGUGGCUCGGCAGCUGCAGCCCUCAGUCAUUUGGAUUGGCGACGCUGAGAAAACAUUCUACAAGAAAGUUCCAAAGCUGGAGAAAGAGAUGGAACCCAAAAGACUAAAGAAAAACCUGCCGAAGGUCCUGAAAUCUAUUAAACCAGAGGACCGUGUAUUAGUGGUGGGGACGACUCAUAGACCUUUUGAUGCAGACAUAAAACCUUUCUGUAAAGUUUACAAGAAGAUCAUUUUGAUCCCUAGACCAGAUUAUGCUUCAAGAUUUACUCUGUGGAAGGAGCUGCUCCAAGCAGGUGGUGCUCAGCUGGGCCCUAAGCUGGAUCUGAGCUCCCUAGCUAAAGUAACAGAUGGUUACACUCAGGGUCACAUCCUUCAGGCGAUCCAAACUGUCCUGAACUCUCACCGCCUCAACCAGCAGACCAAGAGACCCCUCACGGCGGUGGAGUUCAUCCCCCCUCUUGCAAGACAAGAUCCUGUCUACAAAGAAGAGGAGGAAGCCUUUAAGGCAUGGUACAGCCGAACACCUCUGGGCAAAAAACGGACACGAGCGGCCAAGGCCAGUGGGGAGGAGGAUCACAAGAAAGGGAAAACUAAAGGAGGAAAAUCACAAAAGAAAGAAAAGAAGGGAAAGACUAAAAAGAGAAAGAAAAAGAAGUGAAAAUGGACACUCUUUUAAACUAACAAAACAGUUGACACGGUUUGUGGUCAUCAGAGCCUAAAUUCAAAUAGAGCCACAGUUUCUCUUCUGGCCAGCAGAGGGCAUGAGCACAUCUCCCAAAGAAGAGUCUACUUAUGUCUACCAGUACUGUAUGUUUAAUCCUUUCCUUUUUUGCUCAAGUACAUUUUGUGGGGUGUUUUUUGUUUGUUUUGUUUGACUUUGUUUCUCAUCUGUGUGUUUUGUUAGCAUCAUGUGUCUUCUCUUCAGUUGUAUUGUUGGCUAAUUCUAAUAUUUCAUACUUGAAUUAAGGACUUUGCAUUAGUACUGCUUGUACUAUUGUAGUUUUCUGCAAAUUGUUUUUUAGAAAAAAAAAAAAGUUUGGUUAUAUAGUUUUGC